UUCCAUUUUUUAAAAAAUAUUCAUUUCACUUUCCCAGGGCCCCCCCCGGCAGGCCUCGGCCCGCCGCUGCCAUGGCAACGGGUCACGUGCGGGGGGUGUCACGUGGGGGGCGGGUCACGUGCGGGGCGCUCACGUGAGGCGGGCGCGAUGGCGGACGAGCAGCGGGCGCUGCUGGGCGGCGAUGGCGGCGAUGGCGGCGGCGGCUCCCCGGGCCCUCCCCGCGCCCUGCCCGCCGCCUGCGACCCCCGCCGCCUCCCGCACCGCCUGCUCGUCCUGGCCCUCAUGUGCUUCCUGGGAUUCGGCAGCUACUUCUGCUACGACAACCCGGCCGCUCUGCAGACGCAGGUUCAGCGGGACAUGAAGGUGAACACAGCCCAGUUCAUGGCUCUCUAUGCCUGGUACUCGUGGCCCAACGUGGUGCUGUGCUUCUUUGGAGGGUUCCUGAUAGACAGAGUGUUUGGGAUCCGGCUGGGCACUGUAAUAUUCAGCAGCUUUGUGUGUGUUGGGCAGGUGGUUUUUGCUCUGGGAGCACUGUUCAAUACCUUCUGGCUGAUGGAAGUGGGCAGAUUCAUCUUUGGGAUUGGUGGUGAGUCCCUGGCAGUGGCCCAGAACACCUAUGCAGUGAGCUGGUUCAAGGGCAAGGAGCUCAACCUGGUGUUUGGAUUGCAGCUCAGCAUGGCCAGGAUUGGGAGCACGGUGAACAUGAAUAUUAUGGGAUGGAUCUACUCCAGAGUUCAGGAUCUCCUGGGCUACACUGGUCCCAGCACCCUCGGCCUGGCUCUGCUCAUAGGUGGGGUCACCUGUCUCUUCUCACUGAGCUGUGCUUUAAUCCUGGCUUACCUGGACAGGAGAGCAGAGAAGCUGCUUUGUAAAGAGCAGGGGAAAACAGGAGAAGUGAUCAAGCUGACAGAUGUGAAGGAUUUCUCCCUGUCCUUGUGGCUCAUCUUUGUCAUCUGUGUCUGUUACUACGCUGCAGUUUUCCCUUUCAUUGGCCUUGGCAAGGUUUUCUUUAUUGAAAAAUUCCGAUUUUCCUCUCAAGAAGCCAGUGCAAUUAACAGCAUCGUGUACAUCAUCUCAGCCCCCAUGUCCCCAGUGUUUGGCCUGCUGGUGGAUAAAGUUGGCAAGAACAUCAUCUGGGUGCUGUGUGCUGUGGUCACCACGCUGGCCUCACACAUCAUGCUGGCCUUCACCUUCUGGAACCCCUGGAUAGCCAUGUGCCUGCUGGGCGUGUCCUAUUCCCUGCUGGCCUGUGCCCUGUGGCCCAUGGUGGCCUUUGUUGUCCCCGAGCACCAGCUGGGAACUGCCUAUGGCUUCAUGCAGUCCAUCCAGAACCUGGGCCUGGCAGUGAUUGCCAUAGCAGCUGGCAUGAUCCUGGACACCAGGGGAUACCUGUUCCUGGAGGUCUUCUUCAGUGCCUGUGUUUGCUUGUCACUGAUAGCUGUGGUCAUGCUGUACUUCGUGAAUCACCUCACAGGUGGUGAUCUCAACUGGUCUGCAAAGAAAAGGGCAAAACUGCAAAAAGCAGCUGCUUCUGAAGCAGAAGAGCAGGAGAGGCUCAGAAGGCAGAAUGAAGAUGAUUUGGCAAAAUUGCUGCCAAAAGCUGAUGCCUUUAGUUUAAGGAAUAAAUACCUGUCCAAGCUUGGAGCUCAGCUCCCAGCUCAUUACUGCUCCUGUUUCUCAACCCUGGCCCACAGAAGCGUGCUGAAAUAGCAGCUUGGCCCUGUGGAAAAGCAGGAAUACACUGAAUUUCCUGGGACACAGAGCCCAGCACCAGCAGAUGCUCCGUGCUUUGCUGCCAGCCUAGAUCCUAGAUUUAAAAUAUUGCCUAAAACUCCUCCUUGCUGGGCAGGGCAGAGAUGCUGAUGGGGAAUUGUGGCUCUGGUGGAACCUCUGAGCAGCUGCUCCAGCCUCAGAUACUCCGUGAGCAGCUGAGCCAGGGCCAGGAUUUGAUCUCUGGCUGGCAAAUGGGAAAACUCAAUCAUUGCAUUGCUGGGAUGAGCCUGGAUGCAGGGGGGGACUUCCAGCCUCUCCCCUUGGACACCUUCAUUGCUCUGGUUUGUUUUUCUGAGAGAAGAAGGUGAGGAAAAGCUCCCAAGUGGAUAUCUGAGAGGAAUCUCCAAUUCCACAAGGACAGAAAGUGUUCACCUUGGAAUGUAUCCCAGGUCUGGAACAGCAAUAACCUCUCCAAGCCUGAAUAAUGUGAAAACUGAUUUGUUUUUAAGAGUUAGUGACUAAAAACCAUAAAAAGAGUUAAAGCAAGUGCUGAGUUUGGCUUCCAGAGGGAAAAGCCUCCAGUUCCAUGGUGGAACUCAUCAUUUUCCCAGCGCUGCAGUGGGAGGCUCCUUGCUGAGGAGGGACUUCCCAGAGCUCCUGCAGAGAGCAUUUUGCUUUGGUUUAAUUACUCCUCGAGGUAAUUAGAUAAAUGAUCCCUGAAGUGAGCAGAUCUUGCUUUCCAGGGCAGGAGCAGGAGGUUUGUGGAGCCCCAGGAAUGGGGAAUGUUCCUGGGAUGGCUCCUGGGAGUCCCUGUGAGCCACAAAAAGCUCAGGAGCCUUUGCCUUGUGCCUGGCUGCAGAGAGAGGAGUCUGUUAGGAUAAAAAUGCUGCAUUUGAUGUAGGAUAUUCUUAAUUUAAUAUUUUAAUUUAAGCAGAACUCACAGUCUUAAAGUUGGUUUUAAAAGAGACUUUGCAGUGGAGCUUUUUUUGAUGAAGCAGGAAAACUCUCAUUUUUCUGAAGGACCUUUUGGGUGAAAGUUCUGGAUUCUGAAGGACAAUGUGGAAAGCAGAGCAGCAGCUCUGGGAGCUCCUGCCCCCUGAGCUGUGCUGGGUUUUACUGGCUUUGCUGGCUCCUCAGAACCAGCACUGAGGGCUUGGCUUGGCUGCUGGUUUCCUUGUAGACUUGUGAAUUUUGGGUGUUUUUAAAUAAAGCCUUCCACUGGACGCUG